AUGGCGCGCCGGCUGGAAGCAUCCUGUCCAUCCCGGUCAGAGACAGGGCGGAGACCAUUAAGGCACGGGUGCCCGAGGGCCUCGGGCCGGGCGCCACGCUGGUGCUCACGCGGCAGGAGGGCAGCGACGUCUGGGUGGUGGGGGAUGGUGCCGAAGGGUCUGUCCAGGUACGUGGGACAUUUUGAUGUCAUUUACACCAACAACACGUUGUACGACAAGAGUCGCAUGAGGGACGAGGUUGAUGUCGAGGCGAAUUCGAACGACGUCAUGAAGAUGCUCAAGCACGACGUCACGAUCGAGGGCACCGACGCGGGCCUCUUCGGGGCGGCCGACGCCCCUCACCAGGCGCGCCAGGACCUGGCCCGGCCAGACCCGUCGCUCGUGCCCGAGGGGCCUGUGGCGUACACGGUGCGGCUGGACACCACGGUCGGGGUCAUCGACCUGAUCAUCCGCCCGGACUGGGCUCCGUAUGGUGCGAGACGCUUCCUGGAGCUGGCGCAGGUGGAGGGUUGGGAGAAGGAGUGA